GGUAGAAGAAGAAGAUUCCUCGCAGCGACCUAUGGAAGUAUCACGGGUAGGCGGCUACAAAUAGUAUUAUAACAAUUAUUAAUUAUCGCCAAAAUCAUAUCGUAUUUAUGACAACAGAGCAGAGACACACCUACCGUUGUAAAAAACAACUGGGUGGGGACAUGUUGACAUAUAGCCGCAUUUGCUAACGUGAGCUAACUGGGAUGGUACUUAGCUAGCUAGCUAGCUAGCUGCUACUUCUACUUCUACUACCGCUGCUGCUGCUGCUGCUGUUGUGGUUGUCGUCGUUCCCCGCAGUCAUGAGCGAAGAUGACGGCUCGGCCUCGGCCAACAAGGACUCCACUCUCCUGCUCACCAAAGACGGACAGCGGUACUACGUGAGCAAAGGCGGCGUGGUCGACAGCAGGAAUGUGAUAACGCCGCACGAACCGGACAACAACAACGCCUCCUCGUACGACAUGGACGACCUGGACGAGGAGAGCGACAUGCUGGACACCUCGGACCCCCGGGACGGCGCCGCCAGCCCGGAGGAGCUCAACGACGAGGACACGUCGGAGGGCGACAACGCCCCCAAGCAGUGCACCUACGAGGGCUGCACGGAGACCACGACGCAGGUGGCCAAGCAGCGCAAGCCGUGGAUGUGCAAGAAGCACCGCAACAAGAUGUACAAGGACAAGUACAAGAAGAAGAAGAGUGACCAGGCCAUGUCCAGUGGGAAGAUUGACGAAAACUCCGAAGAGCGUCCUGUGUCUGUGAACAAACAGCGUCUGGGUGCGGUGGGGGACCGACCAGCCAGACCGUCCCUGAUCGAGCAGGUCCUCAACCAGAAGAGGCUGUCGCUCCUCCGAAGUCCAGAGGUGAUCAGUUUCCUGCAGCAGCAGCAGCAGCUCCUGGCCACACAGAACCGCAGCCAAUCGCAGGGGCAGUUCCAGGGUUGCUGACAGCGGCCGGUCAAUGCAAACACACUGGCCUUAGAUGUGUUAAUAUUUAUAGUAACCAUAUGCUGUUAAUAUGAACCUCCUCACACACCCAUCAUAGGCUGAAGGCAUGGGAGGGACAUGGACUGAACUGAGCUGAUGUGAACCAAAACAUGUCUGGUGCUGUUUAUAAAAUAUAAUUACAUUUUACAUUUUGGUUAACACCAUCAAACCCCCUCUCUCUUAUUUAUAUGGAGACUUGACUUGAAGACUUUGUUAGUAUAGUAUAGUCCUGAACUUAAUUUGAUCUUGUCUUUUCAAACAAUUCUAGAUUCUUUCUUCGUGUUAGUGUUAUUUGUGCAGUGCUUUCAUCCUUUUUCAUCUUGUGUAAUUUAUGUUUAUGUGGUUUUCCUUUGGUCGGUUUGUGUAAUGCAUUUCUGUAGCCUCUUUUUAGUCAAGCGAGUCUCAGGACAUGUCUUUUACCCAGCAUUUUUUAAAUCAUGCCUUUUCUGAGAUCAUUUCACAAUCGCUUAAUUCAAAGUGUAUUGAAAAAUGGCAGGAAGAAGUAGUGUCGUGUAUGUUUUUCUUGUGUUUUAAAGAUGAAGUGUAUUUAAAUAAUAAAAUGAUGGUGCUAACAUUGAAAAA